AUGGAGGCGUCACCGCUGACCCGUCAGCCUCCGCCCGAGGUGUUCCAGCCCAAGAUCGUCCAGCUCUACGAGUCGCUGUUCAAGGAUGCCGACGACGAUUCCGAACGCUCCGAGGGCUUCUGGCGCGAGUUCUUCCUCCUCCGGCCCGACCGCGCGGCCCUGAGGCGGAUCCUCGACGGCCUCGGGCCCGCCGACAUGCUUGCGCUCGAGGAGCACACGAGGGAGCUGUUCGCGCGCGCCGUGGCGGCUGUUAAAAACGGGCAGGGUGUCGCCGACCUUCACGCGCUCGACACCCUCAGCGUGUUCCUCUGCUCGGCGCUCUCCAAGAAGUAUGCGCAUCCCAGCUCCGACAUCAUCAACGUCCUGGCCGGCAUUGAUUACGUCGACACCAUCUUCACCGACUUCGUGGGCGCCUUGGACCAGAUCAUCCGCGGUGGAAAGAGCCUGGACUUGCGGCAAAAGGCCAUCGAGGUCGUGCUGGCCGUGACGGCGGGCGCUUACCAGACGAGUCUCUUGACGUACUUUAUCCAGCGGGAUCUCUUCCCCUCGGUGAUGAAGUUCAUCCAAGACGCCGACACGACGGAGCGCAUCCUCGGCCCUUCGACCCUCCUCGGCCUCCUGGCCAACUACAACAAGUUUGAGUUCCAGAACCCCUACCAGAUGCGGCUGAACGACUUCGUCAACGAGGCGACAAUUAAGAAGAUCAUACGGUGCGUCGGCGAGACGUGCCAGAGCCUGACUACACAAUACGUUGAGGUGCAGGACGACCUGCCCGAAGGGUGGACGCUGAACGGCACGCUGCACAUGAUUGGGCUCGGCGUCGUGGCCAGGGGGCCGAGGCCGGAGAAGAAGGCCGUCUACGAUGCCGAGACGAUGAAGCACAUGUUUACGAAGCUACCCGGCGAGGAGGCAGCUGUGCUGCUGGCGACAUACGACUUCACGCACGCCAACAAGCUCUUCUGCUUCAACCUCGCCACCCUCCCGGCCGAAAAGGGCGAACAACAACCCCUGGCGGCCUUCACGUCGCUCACGUCCUACCUGCUCCAACACGCCCACCUCUCGGAGCGCACGACGCACUACUCGCACCUCAACCUCAUGGUCUUCCGGCUGCUGAUCGAGGACCCCGUACUCUGCAAGCGGAUAUGCAGCGAGGAGUCCAAGGCGCACGUGCGCCUGUGCCGCCAGCGACAGCCGUUCCUGCCGCUGGUGCGCGGGGAGCGGAUCCUGGCGGCGGCGGUGCUGGACACGAUGGUGGACGGCAUCACGCACAACCUCCGGCGCAGGCUCGACGUCGGGCUGUACACGCUGUGCGUGGGGAUCCUGCUGCGCAUCGUCUCGUACCUCUCGCGAUCGCGCACGCGGCUCGCGUAUCACUGGGCGGACCUCUUCCGGGCGCUGCUGAACCUCAUCAAGUUCCUGACGACGUACGUCGCGGACGUCAAGGACCUGCCGCAGAUCGACCUGCUGCUGGACAACGUCGUCAACCUAGUGGCGCUGUCGCUGUCGGCGGGCGAGGGGUUCCUGCCGUCGCCGGCGGCGUACGACGACCUCUUCUACAAGGUGGUGGAGGCGGGCGACGGGCUGGCCACGUUCAAGGAGGGCUACGGUCUCGGGAGGCGGCCGAGCAACUCGAUCGACACGCUCAUCAGCGUGAGCACGCACUACAAGGAGCUGCUGGCGGAGGGCGGGCGGAGCGGGGGCAGGAAGGGGAACCUGACGAGCGUGCAGGUGACGGAGGUGAUCAAGCAGGGGUACGAGACGCUGAGCAUCCAGGCCAAGGAGGGCCUCGACACGUGGGACCGGUACCGCGAGGCGGACGAGCGGACGCUGCUGAAGAAGAUGGCGAGGGCGGCCGUCGGGGACGUGAGAGGCAUGGUGGAGAGGUAG